AUGUCGCGAGCUGUUCAGCUUCCAAUCCCCUGCCCUGUACAGCUUGGUUCAUUGAGGAAUGACUCUCUAGAAGCUCAGUUCCAUGAAUAUGUCAAACAAGGAAACUAUGUUAAAGUGAAAAAAAUUCUGAAGAAAGGAAUUUAUGUUGACACUGUAAAUUCCCUGGGCCAGACAGCACUUUUCACUGCAGCAUUGUUAGGUCUUCCCAAAUUAGUUGAUGUCCUGGUGGAUUAUGGAUCAGACCCAAAUCAUCGCUGCUUUGAUGGAAGUACACCUGUUCAUGCAGCAGCAUUUUCAGGUAAUCAGUGGAUCCUCAGCAAACUGUUGGAUGCAGGUGGUGACCUGAGACUCCAUGAUGAAGACGGCAAAAAACCUCAGACCUGGGCAUUGUCUGGAGGGAAGGAGAGAAGCGCCUCGAUGUUGAAGUUCAUGCACCGCUGUGCCUCCCAUAUGCAGGCAAUCAUUCAGGGAUUUUCUUAUGAUCUGUUGAAGAAGAUUGACUCUCCACAGAGACUCAUCUGUAGCCCAUCCAAAUUUGGAAACCUGAUACAUGGAAACUCUGACAGCUCUCCUAACCGCCUGCUCAAACCUGGAGUUGUUUCUCCCAAAAACAUCUACAGCUUUGGUUUUGGAAAGUUUUAUCUCACAGGAGGGACACAGCUGGCUUAUUUGGGAUCGCUCCCAGUCGUCGGAGAAAAGGAAGUGAUUCAAGCAGAUGAUGAACCAACCUUCUCUUUCUGUAGUGGUCCCUACAUGGUCAUGACAAAUCUGGUGUGGAACGGCAGUAGAGUCACCGUGAAGGAACUGAAUUUUGCAACUCACCAAAACUGCAGUAAGCUUCGGUUUGCUGACUUGUUGAUUGCAGAACAGGAGCAUAGUAGUAAAUUACGCCAUCCCCAUUUGCUGCAGCUGAUGGCCGUGUGUUUGUCUCAGGAUCUAGAAAAAACUCGUCUGGUGUAUGAGCGGAUAAACAUUGGCUCCUUAUACAGCAUCCUUCAUGAAAGGCGUUCACAGUUUCCUGUGUUGCACAUGGAGAUGAUUGUGCAUUUACUCCUCCAGAUUAAUGAUGCACUAAGAUACUUGCACUCCAGAGGAUUUGUGCACCGCUCCCUUAGUUCCUAUGCUAUCCACAUCGUGUCAGCAGGUGAAGCAAGACUGACCAACUUGGAAUACAUGAUAGAAAGUCAGGACAGAGAUGCCCACAAGGACCUGACUCGUGUUCCUAUCCCAGCUUUACUGUAUCGUUGGUCUUCUCCAGAGGUAAUCUUGCAGAAGGCUGCUACAGUCAAAUCAGACAUCUACAGCUUUUGUAUCAUCAUACAAGAAAUCUUAACAGAUACCCUACCCUGGAAUGGUCUAGAAGGCUCAGUUAUUAAGGAAGCUAUAAUUUUGGGGAAUCAUUUGGAGACAGAUGCCAGACUUCCAAAAACCUACUAUGAUGUUGUUAAGACAGGCAUACAGGUCAAACAAAAAGACCGGACUAUGAACCUUCAAGAUAUUCGAUAUAUUCUAAAGAAUGACUUAAAGGAUUUAAUUGAGACCCAGAGAACCCAUCCAGUUGAAAACACAAAUGUUCAGAAAUAUAAAAAGCAUCAUGACAUAAAUAUUUACUUUGGCAUGACAUCAGAAAAUAAGAGAGAGACCCUUGAUUUGGAAGUCCGGGAGCUGAAGGAAACAGGCUGUCAGCCCGAUUCACCACAAUGUCACUCAGCUUUACCUGAAAAAGCAGCGCUGGAUUGUGAGGUUUUGCAUCACAGUGUGACAGCUAAGGAAACUGGGGGUCAGGAUACUACAUCUGAAUUGGCCAGGGCUUGUAGCCCAAGCUGUGUUGAUGAGAGCCUCCGAAGUUUCGAAAUAAAUGAAAUCUACUCUUGUUACUUGGAUACAUGUGACAAUGAUUUGGGAGAAAUUACUACAUCAGAUAUAUUUUUAGGAAAUGGAAAAAACCAAGGGGAGGAACCUAAGUCCAUAAUGGAAGAGUCACCUGAAAUAAACAAAGCUUCACACUCAGAUUAUAGCGAGGACGAUGCUAUUUCUGAAACAGGCACAGAGUCAUCCUCUGAGGACUGGGAGCCUCUCAAUGAUACUUUCAAUUCAUAUGUACAAGAGGUGAGCAGGGAAACGAAGCCAGACAUGAGCAGCAAGUCUAGAACAGAGCACUACAUCAGUAAAUGUGUUCUUAACUUGAAGAUCUCUCAGACAUUAAUGCAGCAGGUGACUGAAUCCCUGCAAAACGCAGAAGAGAAGAUAGGCAAACUAGAGAUGAUGCGAAGGCAACAGGAGCAGCAGAUGUCCUCCUCAUGGGCUGCCCUAAAAUUUUGUGCAAGGGGUCAUGACCUAUCAACUGUGUGGGCUGCCUGUGGGCCCCCAGCAAAGUGCUACGUCCCUCCCUCCACACAGGCACCAGGACAGCAUCCUGGCUGUGUUGAUCGUUUCCAGAACUUGGUGAAGACAGCUCAAGCAAUGAGAGAAUUCCAGGGCAUGGGUCUUGGAGGCAUUGGCCAAAGGCACAAGAGAAGAGGUGGUCACAGAUGGAAACCUUUUGAGUCUGUCCCUGAAGAAAGUAUUGGAGACCAGGCAGAAAAGAACCACCAGCUGUCAGCCUUUUGUGGAGUCAAUAGACAGUGCACAAAUGUUAAGUUACAGUACCCACAAGGAGAUGACGAGAAUUUGGAAGUUAUUGACAGAAACCGUGAUACAGUCAGGAUGAGCAUGGAAUCAGUAUCAUCUGAAUGCUAUAAUUCAAAGACGAGAAAUGAUGACAGAGAAGCACGAUUAAAAUGGACAACGGAAGUGAAAGAAAUGGCUGAAAAGGCAGCUAGUGGACAGCUUGGAAGUCUUCUUUGGUCUCCUCAGAGCAACGUCACUUCAAAUAGUGAGAUAGAAAAUGAAUCUGAACCAAUGCAGCAGUCUUCUCCUAGGGACCUAAUGAAUACUGACUGCCACCAGGCCAAUCCUCCCAGAGAUCAUGAUGAUCCAGGAAGAAAGGACAAAUGUGAGAAAAUCAUCCACAAUGAUUCCGACAGUGAGGGGGAGGCUGAGUUCCAAAAUGUAAUAGGCACAAGACAUCACUUGCCAAGAAAGAAAAAGCAUCGAGAACAUGGAGGAGUCUUUCACAAGCAUUCUGACUCUACUGAAGGAAUUGAGAAGCUCCGUAGUGAGCAUUCUAUGGAAUCACCUUGCUCAGUAGAUUCUUCUGAAGAUGUAACAGAUGAAUUUCUAACCCCUGAUCCUGAUUACUUUUACACCCCAACUGUUGAAGAACAUUUAAAAGUUAAGGUAAAAGUUAAAUCCCAGACUUUAAGUCAUGAAGAAGAUGACAUGGAAAUCACACAAGAAGUCUGUGGUGCCCAAAAACAAGACUUCGGUGAUAUGUGGUCAGGUGGAGAAAGGUUUCAAGUGAUUGAAAAAGUCCUUGGAAAUAAGUCUGAGUGUGUAACAGAACUUCAGUUCACACCCAUAAGAUCAUUGAUAGAUAUUCAGGAAUUGUCCAGUAUUUCAUGGGACCAAGGAAGCUCCUGUAAGGAAAUCCCCUGCAAAACACCCAGAACAAGCCAUGGACCAACCAGUGUCAGCACUCCACUCAGCCCAGUAGCAGGGGCAGCUUCAUCAGUCAUCACUCCAUAUAACGACUAUUCUGGAGGAAGCUCAUCCCAAGCCCAGGAGACCUCUUGCUGGGACAGCCAGAAAUCCAUUAGGACAAUGUCAAAUACAUUCACGACAGCCAGCAGUAAAAAGGGCAGGAGAACUGAUUGCUUCUCCUGCCCCUCUAAAAUGCCUUCUUUUGGAUUGACAGACCAUGGUAGUUUGCCCACAUUCAGUGAACCUGGUUCUUCUAUCACCAAGGCCAAAGCAGAAUCUAGGAAACUACUCCUUGCCACUCAGCAAAGCAGACCACAGAAAGAGAGAGCAGAUUCUCCUUCACCAGAGUGUAUUGAUGAACUACCUCCACCUUCCCAGGAAUUUCUUGAUGAAAUAGAGCACUUGAAGCAGCAAAAUAUUUCUUCCUCAGUGUUUGAUGAGGACGGGUCAAGUUACUGUGGUCUGACGUUAAAUGCUCUAGAUCAAAGGCAUUUAGAAGAAAAGCUAAUUCCAAAUAAAGGAGAAGAUGGCAGUAUACUUUGGACCAAAGAAACCCUGUACCUAACAGAAGAAACAGACAGGGCUCACUCUACUCUGGAUGAGGACUUGGAAAAAUGGCUGUCUGAGCCAUCUGAGAUCAAGAAGCUUCAAGAAGGUCUUACAGACAGCCCUGCAAGGGAGACAAGUGUAACAACUCAAGAAGUUGGUGAAAAGAAGAAAAAGGAGGAAGAAGGGGCUAAGGCAGAGAGAAGGAAAACAGACAGCUUUCCUGGGAGCCCUGAAGAUCAGGAAGAACUGAAACCUGGUUUGUGGCAUUGCCUGGGUUGGACCCAGCCAUCCAGGAUAAUCGUUCUGGAUCAGAGCAACAACUCAGACUAAUCUGAAUGAGAUAGUAGAUAAGCUUCCAGUAUGUUUUUGUGUUCUCCCUGUUGCACACUCCCUGCCUGUGGUUGGCCAUGAUCCUUACAAUGACCCUCAUCAAAUCCUCUUGCAGUUGGUGGUGCUUGGACUUAUCUCUUCACUAUAAUAACAGACAUGAGGGAUGUACCUGGAUCCAUUUGCUGGUACAUAGAGCCUUGUUCUUUAGUCUCAGUUUACUGGUGAAAGAGAGUUUGGAGUAUAAAAGUUUUCUUGUGGGUCUGUAAAUUUGAUGCUGUGCCUGGCAGUGGCUCCUGGUUUUAUGAUGGUGGGAUGAAUCAAAAGUUUACUGUUGGUUGAUGUGUAAUAAAUGUUCCUUGUUAAACAU